CGCCGCUCGCUCGUUCGCUGCGGCGUGGGGUUUCCCAGGGCAGACUGCAGGGUUACCGCGCCCAUCUCCGUCUGAUGGCCGGAUGAGAGGUGAACUGAACUGGAGAGAAGUGCUCCUUCAAGGAAGGCAACGGGAAGUGGCCACCGACGGACUUAUUCGUUGACCAAAGUCUCUAAUCGGACAUUUAUGACUGCAAUUUUUCAUCGCAGUUGAGAUUCCCCUCAAACAGGCUUAUUUCCCGCCCGCUGGAGCGAGUUUUGUCGCUGUGGAAGUGGAUUUGGUACUUCUCCCGCUGCUAGUUAGCGAGCUAGCUCGUCUUGUUCGUUGAUGCGUGGAUUUGACAGCCACACCAUCGUUUUUUUCGGUCAAUGCCAUAUAAACAAAGACCAUUUACGACUGAGAACAGAUCAGAACGUGUCCCGGCAGUAGGAGUGAGGCAGAGCUUUAGAAGAGGAAAAUGAGUGAACUGGACCAGUUACGCCAGGAGGCCGAGCAGCUGAAGAACCAGAUCAGAGAUGCAAGGAAAGCUUGUGCAGAUGCCACACUAUCACAGAUCACAGCCAACAUCGAUCCUGUUGGCCGAAUCCAGAUGCGCACAAGAAGAACACUGCGAGGACAUUUGGCUAAAAUCUACGCCAUGCACUGGGGCACCGAUUCUAGGCUGCUUGUCAGUGCCUCCCAGGAUGGAAAACUCAUUAUUUGGGACAGUUAUACCACAAAUAAGGUCCACGCCAUUCCUCUGCGCUCCUCCUGGGUGAUGACCUGUGCCUAUGCUCCUUCAGGGAAUUAUGUUGCUUGUGGAGGCCUAGACAACAUCUGCUCCAUCUACAGCCUCAAGACUCGUGAGGGGAACGUACGUGUCAGCCGCGAGCUGGCCGGACACACAGGAUACCUCUCUUGCUGCCGCUUCCUUGAUGACAACCAGAUUGUUACAAGUUCUGGCGACACCACCUGUGCUCUCUGGGACAUAGAGACCGGUCAGCAGACGACCACGUUUGCAGGUCAUACCGGUGAUGUGAUGAGUCUGUCUCUGGCUCCAGACACCAGGCUGUUUGUGUCAGGGGCCUGUGAUGCCUCUGCUAAACUCUGGGACAUCCGUGAGGGCAUGUGCAGACAGACCUUCACUGGCCACGAGUCGGACAUCAACGCCAUCUGUUUCUUCCCCAAUGGCAACGCAUUUGCCACCGGCUCUGAUGACGCCACCUGCCGCCUGUUUGACCUGCGCGCCGACCAGGAGCUCAUGGUCUACUCCCACGACAACAUCAUCUGCGGCAUAACCUCUGUGGCCUUCUCAAAGAGCGGCCGCCUGUUGCUCGCCGGCUACGACGACUUCAACUGCAACGUAUGGGACACCCUCAAGGCCGACCGCGCUGGUGUGCUGGCUGGCCACGACAACCGAGUAAGCUGUCUGGGUGUAACCGAUGACGGUAUGGCAGUGGCUACAGGGUCCUGGGACAGCUUCCUCAAGAUCUGGAACUGAACGCUGAAGGUGCUUUCAAUACAACAUGUCCAAUACAAUAUCAUUUGAACUCCAAAGUUGACUGGAAGACCAUUCCAACUUUAGAAUGUUAAAUUUCACAGCAUCGUCAACAACAAAACACCUUAUAAAACUGACUGACACCACCAUGAAAAGAAAUAAAACUUCUAAGGGAAAACAAUGCCUUUCCUACACCAAGAAGAGCACAAUUUGUUUUAUCACCCAGCUUAAAAAGAAAAAAGAAAAAGAAAAGAAGAAUUCCUGUGGUAUCAAAUGAAUAACUUGCAUUCCCUCUCGGACCAUUCUGUGUCACCCUAUAAGAGAAAACACAAAACACUAUCAUCCCACGCUUAUGUAUCAUGUGUCUAGAAAGCAAAUGUUGGAGUGUAAUUGUACAAAUUAUUUAACUUUUUUUUUUUUUUUUUUUUUUUUUUGUUCAUUUUAUCAAAUAGUUCAUCUUCGAGAUAUUUUUCCCACCUGUUUUUUCUGUUUAGAUAUAUUUCUGAUUAGUGAAAUCUUUUAAUCCUGUUAUUAUAAAACCAUGUGAAAACGACAUGAAAAGUCUUGUAAAAUGCUGAAACUAGACCAGGAUGGAAGAGCAGCUUUUUUUUUUUUUUUUUUUUUUUUUUGAAGAUGCCAAUCAUGUGUUUUGUUAUUUUCAUGUGCACUAGGUUGCUCUAGAGGUUGUGUAGUUUUCAUGAACGUGACUCGAGCGAGAGGAAAAGUCCACACGCCCUCUUGUGAAAGCUUAAUAUUCAUAUUUUCGGGCGGCCCCAGACAGCGUUCACCUGUAAUCUGUUUCCGAUUGUUAACGGUCACUGGGUUACUGCCGAUCACCGGCUAAUAAGAACAGCCCUAGCUUUCUAAAACUGUAAUCAUGAUCCUGUGCAUUAGUUAUCUUUCAGUGUGAAUCCUGGUCCUUUCUCAUUAAAGAAAAAAGAAAAUGCCAUAAAAAUGCCAUAUCUCUUUUAAAUACUUUGCCAUUUCUGAGAGUCCGAGGUACUCGCUUCAUUUAUCUACGAAUGGCCGUUGUAAAUAUGGGUAUCCGACUUGCACGCGAAUGCAGCAUUAUAUCCUAGCUAAUGUUUCUUUCCAGUCUCGUCACAGCUUUGUUUGCACAAUAAGAAACUUGACUAACGUUUUAAGCGUUAACUAACCAAGCACAUGCCGUUAAUCACAUUGAAUGCUAAUUUUAAUGUAGAAAAUGCACAAAAAAAAAAAAGUACAAAAAAACUGAAAAAACACAAAAAAUACAAUCCUCUCUUUCAUUGGAUUAAAAACUGUUCAAACUAACCCCUUAGCUUAUCUUCUGGUCUUACGUUUAUACUUUUUUCCUCGGUUACUUUGAGCUUUUGGCUUUAAUUCCGAUUUUUGGGAUUGUUUUUGUCGGUGGGAGGUCGGGCGGGGAACGUUUUGAUCUUUUUUAGUGGUGUCGGGAUCGGUGUUUGGAAAAACAGAACCUUUUUCUUUUUAUUUUAGCCCAGUUCCAGAGAGAGAACAGAUAGCCCUGUCUGUGCUUGGAAAUACAGUUACUACUAUGUGAAUGAAAUGUUGUACAAAUCAAUGUCUGAAAAUAAUGAUAAUUCUGAAAUUUUUAAGUUAAGCGUUUUAUUUCAUCUGCCAUGAAUUAACGUAGUCGCAUGCUGUAGAAUUUGCUUAAACAGGCGCUGACGUCUUUAGGCCCACUUACCUCCACCGGGACGGCGAAACCGACGCGAAACAGAAAUUUUGACCAUUGAAACGUUGAUUCCAAAUGUUUUAGACAUGCUGUGCAUACAUCCUUUACUUUCACUGGCAAAGCUAUGCACCUGUGUGAGAAAUCGCGAGGGAGAAACGACGUAUAUUUCCUUCAGACGACCUGUAAAUCAUGGCCAUGCUUCCAGAAAUGAAUCCAAAUUAAACAGCAGUUACGAAAUGUCCCGUUUGAGACGCACGAGAAACCUUCGCGCGAGUUUUCUAAAUCGAUCGGAAAUUACGAGAAACUUUUUUGGCUUUUCUUUAAACAUUUUGAAAUGGCAUCUGACAUGGCAGAGUCCUCUGUUCUUUUUCCACUGUAAACAGAUGCACUUUCUUUAAUAGUUGUGACUUUUUUAUUGUUUUUUUUCCUUUCUCUGCGAUAAUGUACAAUAAUUGUGAUGUAUUUGUGUGUGCUGCCACCAGUAAAGAUUAAUUGCAGUUCAAUUAAAAUGGAUUCCCCUUAUUUUCUCUCUUCAUUAAUAACUGUAGAUCUCAGCACUCCCUAUCUCACCUUUUGUAUUUAAUUUCAGUCUGUCGGUGUACCACAGAAAGCUGGAUGCAACAUAGAUACUAUAUUAAAAUGUACUGUUAUUUAAGAUGUAAUAAAACAAGUUUGAGAUGUC